CAGCACGCUUCCAACCCACUACAACUUUUGUUUUAUUAUUUCGCGGCCAUUUAGGGAGACUGGAGGUGAUGUGUUUUUUCUGGUAGAAGUUUUACGGAAAACAAUCUGGAUUUAUUUACUAAACAUCAACUUCAGAAAGUAGGGUAUUUGAUUUCAUAAACCCUCUCGCAGCAGCAGGACUUGGUGAUCUUUGCUUGCUCAUUUAGACUUAAGCCGUUUUCUUAAAGGGGAUCGGAUACAUUGCACGUCAUCCUCGGUUCAGUGCCACUCCCGAAGGAUUAAGUUGUUGGAAUAUGGAGCAAAGCCACUAAGCACAGGAGCGGGAGUCCUCUUGUGUGGCCGAGUGGGUCGCCCCGUGUCCGGCCUUGCGAGUGCUGGAGAUCCCGUUAUAAUGGGAUGCGGACUACGGAAACUGGAAGACCCGGAGGACAGCAGCCCGGGGAAAAUCUAUUCUACUUUAAAGAGACCACAGGUCGAGACCAAAACAGACUCCGCGUACGAGUAUGUGCUUCUGGACUUCAGUUUGGAAGGCAGUCGGCCCACAGUGCAGUAUCUCUCCUCACUGUGUGAGCUGCCCCAUGCCCUGCAGUCCUACUACACCCAAGGCUUUGUACUGACCGCCCUGCAUCCCAUCAUCCUCUCAGUGGGCCGGACCCGCUCUCUGCCCUGCAGCCUGCUCUACAGGGCCAUUCUGGUCCGCCCACGGUCCAGUAAUCAUGCUGUGCCGAUGAUUGACAGCUUGCCAGUGUUGCAAGUGGAGGAGUGGCCUCUACCUGGAGAAUCUUUGACCAGUGACACAGUGAGACUGCUCAUAGACCGGGUGAACAGCUAUGCCCGGGGUGGUGUGAGGUUUGUGGGAUCAGUCCUUCAGCAGGCUGGAGGAGGGGGGUGUAACGGUAGACUGCCCAGUCCCAGGAGGGGCUGCCGCUCCCCGUCCCGCACCCCACCUCGCACGCCGCCCGGAGACGGAGAUCUAGAGGGCCGUGGCUACAGCCCAGACCUAAGAUUGUUGGUGCUGUUUCACUCCUGGGCUCCGGGCUGUGCCCCGCUGGAUUCUCUCGCUUGCUGUUACCACCAGGGGGCGCUGUCCAUGCGUGUGUCCAGAAAGGGCCAAGUUGUUAGUGCCCUGGAAGCUGAUUGGCUGGAACUGACCGCAGCUUACUACCGCAAGGGCUGGUCACUGGUCGACUCCUUUAUAUAUUGGGACACACCUAAAGGUGAGCCAGUGCCCAGGUCUCUAGAGGGGCUGUUUGUCUAUGAGGAGAAAAGCACAGCGCCACCUGCCAAUGACACUAUUGUAGUGGAGCAGUGGACUGUUAUAGAGGGUUCAGACGUGAAGACCGACUACGGUCCUCUGCUCCACACAUUAGCAGAGUUCGGCUGGCUGCUCACCUGUGUGCUGCCCACCCCAAUUAUUCGCCAUGACAGUGAAGGAAAUCUCGCCACUAAACAAGUUGUUUUUCUUCAAAGACCUGUCAAAGGCCAAUCGGUACCACAGCACAAUCAGGGAAGCACACGGCGAGAGGUGUCCAGUCACUCUGUGAGUCGAGGUGUGGAGGAAGCGCACAAAGAGCUGUCGUCUCCAUGUUCAGGGGGGAUCGGUGGUUUCCCAGUGUUUGGAGGAGGGUAUCUCAGCGCACUCUCCCACCUAGAUGAGGGAGGAUUUGAGCCAGACGAUGGGGCAGCAGAAGUCACCUGUAUGUGACGCACCGAAUCAAAGAUGCAAUUUGUUUUGUCCGACAGAUACCUUUGAUGGUUACGAGCUGCAACUACACCACAAGGACAAAGAGAUUGGCAUUCUUGUAUUAGAAACGGACUCAUAGCACUUUUAACUUUUCGUAAGUUAUUUUUUAACAAGCCAUAACGUAUCAUAGAGGUCAGUUUUAUUUUACCCUUUCAUUUUUAAUUGAAGGCACAAAGUAUGUGCAAUCCUUCUCUUUUCUUGACACAAAGUAUCAAAAACAGCACUGAAAGUCACUUAUUUACAACAGCAGUAUUUCACAGCACUCGCACGACACAACUACAUGUACAGUUCAUAUCACAUUUGUAGCACAAUAACAACACAAAAGAAACAAGAAAAAGGCUUCAACACCUCAACAAAUCUUUUUUUCUUCUUAUCACCGAGUGUCCUUCCUCACUGUUCCUUUUUUACUUCAAACCAACUGACUAUUGAGUUGUUUGUUCAUUUGGUGUGCAUAUUUGGGACAUGCUAAGAUUUGUUUUGCAGGAAUUUUCCAGGCCUUGGAGUCAAAACAUCAGGAAUGCUCAAUGCAGCUUGGGACACCAGUGUUUAAGGGAAAUGCAUACGCACUGUAAACGUACGACGUUUGAGGCAGGACCCCAUGAACUAGCCUGCGCUAAACCCAGAACUUGGUGCUGUAGUUUGGUUUAUCUGAUCUCUGCCAUGAACUCAAGUGGUGGUUGUUGAAUUUGUAUGUUAAUCUCCUAGGAAUUUCUGCUAGCCAAAAGGGAAAGGUGAUUUGCAUGUAAAGAGGCAACAAUUCUGUUUUACUCUGACUUUAGUUCUCUUCAGCCUGGUGAUCAAGACUUAUCAGACUGGAUUUUUUAUUUUUUAAGCUGCAAUGGUGCUGCUUGUGCCACCUUAUUCACUUGUACAUUGUAUAAUUUUAACUGAGUUAAGCUCUGUACUUUUUGCAUCGUAUAUUGCCUUGACAAUGUUUAUCCCUCUUUGAGGAACGGCAGAAUAGAAUAAGCACGUUUGAGCUGGCAAAAUAGAUUAUCAGGCUGCUGUAAUUGUUUGAUGCCUGGAGAACCUAUUAAGAUGUUUCUUCACUCCAGAAGCGGAGCUCAGAUAUUUCAAAAUUAUAUUCUAAUAUGCCAGAACUGAUCAGUAUUAUUUACCAACUGUAGUAUUUGAACGCUGACCAUUUUUUGUAAUAUUUUAUUAAAUAGGUAUUUACCUCAUUUUAAAGUGGCUGUUUGUGUUGUUACUUCACGCGACAUAAAAAGCUAACACGUAAGCGUAAACUAGGUACAAGUCUUUUAUUAACAAUUGACAUAAUGAAAAUACCAUACAUUUUAAUUCAUUUAAAAAAAAAAAAAAAAAAAAAAAAA